GCUGGGGCCAUUUGCCCUUUCCAACCUUAGGAGCAGAGCAUCCUUUUGAUCCAGGCUGGGCAGCAGGCCCAGGGCUGGGCUGAGCCUUCCUCCUUCGAGGCUGGCGCUUCUUCCCUGGGCGUGGAGAAGGUGGAGAAGGCUGCGGGCUGUGCCACCCGCGACUGUGCCGUGGGCGAGCGGCCGGGAGGAGCGGAGCGGGGCGGGAGGCACCGCGGAGCGCUAUAAAGGUGCGGGGCAGCGGCGGGGCGCUCCGGCCAUGGGCAGCGCGUCGCAGUGUCUGGAGGAGGGCUCGGGGCGCUGGCCGCCGCCGGCCGGGCCGUACAGCGAGGCGCAGCGGCUGGCGCUGGAGGAGCUGGUGGCGGGCGGCCCCGAGGCGCUGCGGGCUUUCCUGCGGCGGGAGCAGCUGCCGCCCUUCCUGUCGGAGCCCGAGGUGCAGGACAUCGCCCGGGCCGCGCUGCCGCCCGCCGCGGGCUCGGAGCCGGCGGCCGAGCGCUCGGCCGGCGCCUCGCUGGACGCCUCGUCGCUCACCUACUUCCCCGAGCGCUCGGACCUGGAGCCGCCGGCGCUGGAGCUGGGCUGGCCGGGCUUCGCCAGCGGCGCCUUCCGCGGGCUGACGCGGGUGGAGGCGCAUUUCCAGCCCGGCUGCGGGGACAGCAUCUACGGCUGCAAGGAGGCGGUGCGGCGCCAGAUCCGCUCCGCCCGGCAGAUGAUUGCCCUGGUUAUGGAUUCCUUCACAGACACUGAUAUCUUCACAGACCUCUUGGAAGCCUGUAGCCAAUGGCAAGUUAAAGUGUAUAUCCUUCUAGAUCAGUCUUCAUUUUCCCACUUUUUAAAAAUGUGCAAGGAUCUGAGAGUUGACCUUGAGGAGGAAAAGUUGAUGAGGGUUCGGAUUAUCACGGGGAGCACAUACUGCACCAGGUCAGGCACCAAAAUCAUUGGAAAAGCCCGUGAAAAGUUCAUGUUAAUUGAUGGCAUUAGAGUGACAACAGGCUCCUACAGUUUUACAUGGACAGAUGGGAAGCUGAACAGCAGUAACAUUUUGAUCCUGUCAGGCCCUGCAGUUGCGCACUUUGAUGUGGAAUUUCGGAUGCUUCAUUCACGGUCAAAGCCUAUCAACCUCAAAGAGUUUUCUAGCUGCAAGAAGAACAGGGUGUGGGACCAGCUGUUCAGGAUAACAGUGGCUUCCAGAGACAUGACCAGGGAACACUUCCUGAGAAUGGAAUUUUUGUAUCUGAGAGCAUUUGUAGGAGAUCUGAAGAGGAAGAGAAGCUGGCUGCACGCCUCCAGGGAGGCUGUGUACACCCCAAAUAACACGAUGCACACCUCUCCCCCGCUGACUAAGAGGAAUGGCUCCCUGGUUAUGAGGCCACACUGGAUCAUAGAGAGAUGAGCUGCAUGUCCAUGCAGAGCAAGCAGCAGAACCUCAGGAGCCACGUUUGUCCAUCCCUGUCCAGCGCUCUUGCAGUGUGUUUGUGAGGGCAGCUGGGAAAGAAACCUCAGACUGACAGAAAGUGAAACUGGAAUUGUGGCUUUGUUUGAAGAAUACUAUAAAGCCAGUAUUGACUUCUACUAUCCUGUUAAAUUUUCAUUUCUCAACCUGUUCAUGCGUAUUUUAAGCUGAUGGGUUGGCAGUGUCAUAGCUCAGUAGCUCAACCCUUUUUUUCAAUUUCUCAAUUGUUCUUGUGGCUCUUCUACUGCAAAAUACUCAGAUAUGUGCUUGUGUGGGUGUCUUGUGGGUUCUGGGCUUCAGAGGGGAAGGUAACAACUUGGCAGGGGAAUUUCACAUGGGUUUCAGCUAAACAGCAGCAAGGUGACAUUAAACUGGACAAGUGGAUCUUACAGAAAUGUAAGAUUGCAAAAAUGGACACUGGAGAAAUCUACUAAUUAGUAUGCAACUAAUCUGGGCCCUCUUUCUUUUGCACUGACAUCAUGGAAAUGUAAUCAUUCUGGCCUCCUAAUCUGUAAAUAUUCAAGAGUUUAUAGCUUUGUACUAUUAACUGCUAUCCAGAUGUAAAGAAGUUUGAAAUAUGUAUUUUUAUUCUUAGCUAUAUUUUCCAUAAAGGCAAACCCCAUACAGUGUUGGAAUCUAUGCAAAAUACUGUUUGUGCAGUCUUAUUUUCAUAAUAAUUAUAUGUAUAUAUUUUCUCAAGCAUAACUUCUCCACUUUGUAAUUAAUCUCAUUAUUUUAAUAGGCAGCUCUUUCCAUGUGGGAUUUUUUCUUAACAAUUACUAAUAUAUUGAUGAUAAAAAAUACUGUGAGUUGUGGGGUUUUUUUUUGAUAGUGUGAACUUAAUAUCAAAAGUACAUUGAAACAUAUAGUUAGAACUUUAAGGACAUCAUAAUUAUAACUUAAUAACCUCUUUUACAUGUGGUUACUCAGCAUAACAAGUGACCAUGGAGGUAGAGGGUUGUGUUUGUGUUAAUCACCAUAACUGCACUGCUAGCGUGGGAAGUUAUAAGAAUAUAGGAUGUGAUUAGAUUUUUACUUUCACAUAAGCAUGAAUAUAUGACAGUAUUAAUAAACUUACUAGAAACAG